CUGAAGUUAUUGUGCAGUACUAACAAGCGACUUUACUAGUUAACCAAGGAAAAAAAAUGUUGUUCGAAAACGGUGGAUUUGUGUGGCUGCUCCUAGCUGCUUUGUGCUCGAUGAAUUCGGGCAGUUUCGCUCUGCCGAAAGAAGUUGAAGAUCAACCGCCACCGGAUUUCAUUUAUUAUAAGCGUUCGCCUGAAGUCCUCACGCCACCCGGUGCUGAAGUGAAGCGAUCACUCUUUGGAGGAGCUUCAGAUGAUCUACCAUCAGGUUUUAGUCCCAUGCCUCAACCACGAUUCAAGGCGCCAUUAUACAAACCUCGUCGUCGUUAUCAUCAACAUCAACAUGCAUCCGCACCCGCAGCAGCGAAGCCUUCAUUGACUUUGACCAAACUUCUUGUUCAAAAAAGUGUUCUCAAGGUUUAGUGUCCUGAAAAUGACGUUGAAUCCUAAUUUGUGUCAAAUUUUUAGUCAGAUCUCCGCAAUUUUUCAAACAUAAGCAGAAGAAAUCGUUAAUAAAAUUAUUCAAACUACUAA